CGGAGCCACCAUCAACAGUGACUAUGAGGCGUCAGGAAGGACUCAAGUGAACUACCUCUACAGAGUCACACAUUCAUCGGUGAAAUAGCAAGUUGGCUGUACAGAGACCGAUUGGAUCAACUACAUACUAACACAGGAACUCGUUAAUUAGUGCAACCCGGUGCUUUGAUUCGCCGUAGAGCUCAUGCAAAGAUGACUGCUGUUCUGGAUAGCCUUGGUUCGGAUAUGCAUACAAACCACAUUACCUCCAGCAAUUUCAACGCCGUGCACAAGUCGCAGGAUUCACCCACGUUACCGGUGUCCACCGUGACCGACAGCAGCUUCUACAGUGUCCCUCAGCCCGGUCAUUGCGCGGGCACAGCUUACGCGCAAUUGGCCUCGUACUCGUAUCAUCCCGGAGGAAUGGGAAGUAUUCCCUACAGUCCAAAAGCUUAUGACAUUGGGUUUGGAUCCUCUUACGGCGCGUAUGGAACAUAUGGCCCCAGUUCUUCGCCCACUCCAACAGAGCCAGAGAAAGACGAGAACGAACCGGAGGUACGCAUGGUGAACGGAAAGCCAAAGAAAGUCCGGAAACCACGAACCAUCUAUUCCAGCUUUCAGCUGGCCGCGCUCCAGCGCAGAUUCCAGAAAACCCAGUACCUCGCGCUGCCAGAACGCGCCGAACUGGCAGCCUCUUUGGGCCUCACGCAGACUCAGGUGAAGAUAUGGUUUCAGAACCGACGAUCAAAGUUCAAAAAGUUAUGGAAAAACGGAGAGAUUCCCCCGGAGCAGCACAUUGCUUCCGGCGACUCUCCGUCGUGCUCUCCCCCUUUGCAGAGCGGCUGGGAUUUCCACCAAAAUCAACUUCCAAGCGACGGGGACACGAGCACAGAGCAGGUCGUUGGACCGCCGAACACCACCGCGCCAUCCUUUUUGAAUAACUACCCUUGGUACUCGUCCACGAAUACGCAACUACAGCCAAACACGCUUAUACAACCCCACCACAAUUCGGCUAUGAGCGCAGGUGCCAUAUUCUAACAAAGGACUCGCUGAAUCGGAUGCACCUGUUAACAGGACAAUGUCAGACCGCGUCAAAGGACUUGUAAACAGAUACAAGCAUGGAGAAAAAUGUUUAUUUCGAAAUGAAUAUUUUGAAUUUGAAUUCUGCUGAAAUUUUCUUCAAGUUCUUUUUUUUUGUGGAGUUUUGUGGCGCUUACGAGCGCACUUGCAACAAAUCGACGCACAUUAAAUUAUUUUUCUAUUUAUUUAUUUGCUUUGUUUCUUUUGGAGUCGCAUGUCCAUGUGGUGGACAGGACUGUAAAUCACAUGCCAAUUAAAACGGGUAGCCUUUUCGCGUGCAUUGUACAUUUUCCUACAAUA